UGUAUAACAUCAGUUGUAUCAAAAGUUUCAGUGACAUACACAACACAUUACAAACAAUGAAGGUAUUUGUGGUUUUGGCUUGCUUUGCUGCUUUCACCAACGCCGGUGUAAUCUUUGGUCAUCACGAUAAUGGAGAAUGGCACGGAGAAGGUAUUUUGGAAAGCUUAGACCAUGGAGCCCAUUAUGGUGGUUUGAUAGCUCCACUUGCCCAUGGUGCAGUUUACGGACACCACGCCGAUGAUGGACAAUGGCACGGAGAGGGUCUUUUGGAAAGCCAAGACCAUGAAGGUCACCACGAUGUUCAUGUCGCUCAUCACGCUGUUCACGCUGUAGCUUAUCCCCAUCCAGUUCCAGUACCUGUUCCCGUGCCAGUUGCACACCCUGUUCCCGUGCCAGUGCCACAUCACGUCCCAGUACCAGUACACCACCCCGUUCAUGUACCAGUCGUUCAUGUAGCCCAUCAUGAUCAUCAUGGUCAUCAUGGAUUCGCUGCAUCAAUCGCUGGACCUGCCGGACAUGUCGCUACUCACAGUUAAAUUUCAAAUUGUGUUGGUUCUUGAUAAUGUGAUUUUUAAUAAAGUAUUUUUUUCAUGUA